AUGUCUGGGAACCCUUCGGUUUCGCAGACGCUGCUUCCUCCGCCUGCUCAUCCUAGUCGAACGAGCUCAGGGAUAUCUUCAGGCCACAGCUCGUCUAGAUCUAUCAGUCCUGCUCCUCCGCUGCCUCCUCGAGCACCUAGUUCUACAACCCCAACACCAGAACUUCCGCCACGCCCUCGAGUAGUUCCAUCCUCCUCUGAAUCUACCUUUUCGCAGCCUACACCCCAAGUCGAUGAAGAUGAUGACCUAUCUGCAGGCGCCACACAGUCCGGUCAGGAUGAUCCUCACGAACCCUUCGAGUUCGUACAGACCAGCGAUAUACCUAGCGACUUCCUCUUCAAAAGCAUUGCUGAAGAUAUGCCAGAGGCUCAGCUCCGAGAGCUGUAUGAGAACGAAGAGAUAGAGCGAUUCGUGAAUUUCUUCUCCGCUUAUGUUUCUGAAGUUAGGGCCCCUACAGUUCCAAACACCUCUGCAGCUUCUGCUGCCUUGACUUCUCCGAGUGAGGUAACGAUAGGGGUCUCUCAGACCAUGGAAGAUAGUGCAGAGGGUUCGUUGGAAGAGGAGGGAGCCGCCAAUGCUUCUAUACCUCCGUCCCCGAAAGCAACGCCUCAAAGCUACGACUCUCUAUCAGAGACUAUAGCACUCAAAUAUAUCGUACCUCGCUUACCGCCUUCAGCUCCUCCCCAACCUCCGUUCACGCUAGGGCGAUUCAAGUUGGCCGUACAACGCUUGUAUAUGAUUGGUGAUGGCUAUUAUCUCCCGUUCUUGCUCCGCAUAUGGGAGCUCGCAACAUGGAAGGACAAACGGCAGAGUGCGACCUACUGUGCAAUAUUCUGGGUACUCUGGUUCUUCGACCUCCUCCUCCCAUCCUUCUUCCUUCAUCUCCUGGUCCUCCUCCUCCACCGCCGUCUCGUCUCCUACCCGACUCUAGCCGAACUUCGUAAACAUCACACCGACAUCCUCCGUGCCCGCGAAUUCGGAGAAGAAAUGCAAAUGCGUCUCAUCACGGGCUCUGUUCAGUUUGGAGCGAAAGAUGUGUUUCGUCUGUACAAGAAAUUCAAGAAACCGAAGAAGGCGAAGGGCCAUGAGAAGAAGGGAAGUAAGAAGAGCGAGAGCCAAUCUACGGCUAGUUUGGUCGAUGAUCUGGCUGCGGACGGUGCGGGUGCGGGUGAAGGCGCGCCCGUUAUAGAUGUUAUUGGGGAUGAGGAGGAGGGUGUGAAGAGCACGGAUACGGAUGAAGUCCGCGCUGAGAAACAUUUGAAGGCGAAGGGUUUGGCGAUGUUAGUUGAGUUGGCGGAUAUGCACGAACGAGUGAAAAAUAUAUUCUUAUGGAGACGACCUGAAGCGACCUGGGUGUACUUCGGUGCGAUUGCGGCGCUGUUCAUGGUCACACUGAUUCUGCCGGCGAGAUAUUUCCAAAAGCUGGUGUUUAUGACAGGCGGAUUCAUGUUCUGGCAUGUCGUUCCCAUUGUAAAGGCCAUCCCGCCCGCAGAUCGUGCUCGACUCCCGCCGCCUCUCGGUAACGUCCCUACAGAUGCGGAAUACGCCAUGGACCUCAUCUCGCAGCGUGUGGCUCGCGGUCUCCCCAUCCUUCCACCCAAGAGUUACGAACCUAGUACAAGGUCAAGCGACACCGACUCCGUGCGUUCGUUGAACGUACAGAACCGAGAGGGCCUGAGACAGAGGUUCUUUGGGGACGAGAACUCGAAGAGCGUGGACUGGAAGAAGUGGGGUGAGAGGGCCGCGACGAGUAAAGCGUGGGCCGACUCCGUACGGGGAGAAUCGGCACGGCGGGGAGGAGCCAGUGGUACAUCGACUCCGAGUAUCCAGCGCGACAAUCCGACCACACCAGUAGAGACAUUCACCUUCCCGGCAACCAGUUCGAAAGGUCCAGGACUGAUCACAGUCACGCCUACGACACUAUACUUCACGCCUCUGGUAGCUGUGAAUCCAACCAUUGUGCUCCCCACCGCGGAUGUCACAGGGAUCAAGAAGACCACUAUGAUUAACGUUAAAGGUCUCGUGAUCCACUGGACAAAGGAUGGAGAGGAAAAAACCGAGAAGUUUAGAUGGGUGGGCGGAAGGGACGAGGUGUUCGCGCGACUCUUGGGUGGUUCCGGAGGCAGGCGAUGGAUCAAUGUCUAAAUGAUUUGGACGAUACUUAGAGACUUAGAGCUCGAACCGGCGGAUCGU